CUUUUUUUAGGGGUCAUAAAAAACGUGUGUAAUAGUGUGAGGUCUGUAUGUUCCCUGUUCCUGCUGUCUGCUGUAUGGGGUAAUCAACGUGAUCACACUCACCUGUGUCUCUGUCAUUAGCUUCACGCCUGUCACCUGGCGUAUAUAUACACCUCUCUUUCUCACUCUCUCAUUGUCUUUGUGGGAUCAUUGUAUCUGUUCGAGUCUGUUCAUGAAGCGUGUAGUUCCUGUGACCCAGAUUUAUCAUAAUAAUAAUUCAAAGAACUCACCUUGCGGACUGAUCUGCGGCUGACCGCUGUCUUACUGAUCCACGGAGGGAAACAUUCUCCACUGAGACGACUUUCUUCUAAAGUGUGUCCAGUCUGAUGAUGGGUCUGUGGGUCAGAACUGCAGCUCUGUCUCUGCUGUUGCUUCAACAGCUGGUUCUCACAGUCACAGCUGAAGGGACUGUGUAUGACCUGCUGGAGUCUCCAGACUGCCUGCCAGAACUCCUUCAGGGACAGCUGAAGACCAAUGGGGAAAAUGAGAUUUUCCUUCUCUCUUCCUUCAAGCUCCGUAACAAGACUCCAGCAUCUUUGUUCAGUAUCAUCAACCCCAAAGACAAUACCAAGUACCUGGACCUUAGUGUGAUGAACAAACCAAACAAAAUCAGUGUCCGUUACCAAAGAAGUGAUGGCAGAUUUGCCACCAUCUCUUUCAACCACCCCACCCUGGCCAAUGGUCAAGAACACCAUGUGAUGCUACAUGCGAGUGGGCUGCAACGGGGUCCACCUCGACUGAACAUCUAUAUUGAGUGCACACUGGCACACACUGUGGAGGAUUUUCCUACUGCGUUAGGGUUGCUGCCGAGCGGCUCCAACAAGGUGGGGCUAAGGACCCUGAAGUCAAAUGGACAGGACGAGCUGACGGACCUCAAGCUGGUGACUGGGGACACUAUAGACAAUGUGGCAACUCUCCAGGACUGCAGCGUGGGUCAGGGUCAAUCUCUGCAACUGCUGGAUAUCCAGAGAGCAGAUCUGUUGCAGAACCAGGUCACCAUGCAGGAGUUGAAGAACAUGAUUGCUGAGAUGAAGGAGAUAUUGAACCAGCAGAUUAAAGACACAACUUUACUGAGGAACACCAUCGUUGAGUGCCUGCCCUGUGCCUCAGAUCUGGGAGGUAGCCCUACCAACUCUCAUCCAAAUGGAAGUCCAGAUCCAGAUCUAGGCCCAAGUCCAGGACGAGACCCAGGACAAGGUCCAGGACAAAAUCCAGGACGAGACCCAGGACAAGGUCCAGGACAUACUCCAGGACGAGACCCAGGACGAAGUCCAGGAAAGGAUCCAGAACAUACUCCAGGACAAGAUCCAGGACAAGAUCCAAAAAAAGGUCAAGAGCCAGUUUCCCCUUCAGAACAGUUUGUCAUGCAUGCUCAGCCUCAAACCGAGUGUCUCCCAGGAACCUGCUUCAGACAGGACAUGUGCAUCCGUACAGAGUCAGGGGAUCUCCACUGUGCCCCCUGUCCUGAUGGCUAUACAGGAGAUGGAGUUCGCUGUGAUGAUGUCAAUGAGUGCCAGUUUAAACCGUGUUACACUGGUGUCCGCUGUGUGAACACUGCCCCUGGUUUCUACUGUGAGAAAUGUCCUCUGGGAUUCACGGGACCUCUGAUUAAUGGAGUGGGCGUGUCCUAUGCCAAGUCACACAAACAGGUGUGUAAGGAUAUAGAUGAGUGUCAGGAUCCACCUGAGAACGGAAGUUGUACGGCCAACUCCCACUGCUACAACACCAUGGGUUCCUUCUACUGCGGUGAGUGUAAAACUGGCUUCACAGGUGACCAGGUGAAAGGCUGUCAUGGUACUAAACUUUGCCCCAACGGUAAAAUCAGUCCCUGUCACAUCAGCGCUAACUGUGUCAUUGAGCGAGACGGCAGCAUUGGCUGUUUGUGUGGCGUUGGUUGGACGGGAAAUGGUUAUUUCUGUGGGAAGGACACAGAUAUCGAUGGAUAUCCAGACGAACAUCUCCACUGCAGAGACAGCAGCUGUAGAAAGGACAACUGUCUGUAUGUACCAAACUCUGGACAGGAGGACGCAGACAGAGAUGGUAUAGGUGACUCCUGUGAUGAGGAUGCUGACAAUGACGGCAUCAGUAAUGAGAAUGAUAACUGCUGGCUCGUCCCUAACUUUGACCAGAAGAACAGUGAUAAGGACCUGCACGGUGAUGCAUGUGACAACUGCAAAACAAUAGACAAUCCCUUACAGAAAGAUGUAGAUAAGGACGGAGUAGGAGAUGAAUGUGAUGAAGACAUGGACGGGGACGGCAUUGCGAACAUUCAUGACAACUGCAAGAAAGUUUUCAACCCUGAUCAGAACGACAGGGAUUAUGACAGAGUGGGAGACGUCUGUGACAGCUGUCCUGAUAAGUCCGAUCCAAACCAGUUUGACUCGGACAAUGAUCUCAUAGGUGACAGCUGUGACGACAACACAGACAGUGAUGGUGAUGGCCACCAGGACUCUAAGGACAACUGUCCCUCAGUUAUAAACUCUGCUCAGCUGGACACAGAUAAGGAUGGAGUGGGAGAUGAAUGUGACGAAGAUGAUGAUGGUGAUGGAGCAGCGGACGAUGAUGACAACUGCAGACUCGUCAUUAACCCAGACCAGGUGGACUCUGAUGACAACGGUGUGGGAGACGCCUGUGAAGGAGACUUUGACAUGGAUAAUAUCAUCGAUAAAAUUGACCACUGUCCAGAGAACGCUGAGGUCACCCUGACCGACUUCAGAGCCUAUCAGACCGUGGUGCUGGACCCACAUGGAGAUUCUCAGAUUGACCCCAACUGGGUCGUCCUCAACCAGGGAAUGGAAAUAGUACAGACCAUGAACUCUGACCCUGGCCUUGCUGUUGGUUAUGUAGCUUUUAACGGGGUGGAUUUCGAAGGAACUUUCCACGUGAACACGGUGAUAGACGACGACUAUGCCGGCUUCAUCUUUGGAUAUCAGGACUCCUCCUCCUUCUAUGUGGUGAUGUGGAAACAGACAGAACAGACCUACUGGCAGUCUGCACCCUUCAGAGCUGUGGGUUCUCCAGGGAUACAGCUGAAGAUGGUGAAAUCUCAGACAGGACCUGGUGAGUAUCUAAGGAACUCCCUCUGGCACACAGGAGACAUCCCAGGACAGGUACGCCUCCUGUGGAAAGACCCCAAGAACAUUGGCUGGAAGGACAAGGUUUCAUACCGUUGGUUCCUCCAGCACAGGCCUCAGGUUGGAUACAUCAGAGCUCGCUUUUUCGAAGGUUCAGACCUGGUGGCAGACACAGGGGUGAUUAUUGACACUAGUAUGAGAGGAGGCCGCCUGGGCGUGUUCUGCUUCUCCCAGGAGAAUAUCAUCUGGUCCGACUUGAAAUACCGUUGCAACGGUGAGUGUCUACACAUUUGAGGAAUGCCAGUCAGCCCCACAAGUUUUCUGCCUCUCUAUUAGUCUUUUUUUUAUUUUUUCAU